ACCGCCCCUCGCUGCGUCAGCGGGGCGGCGGAGAGCCGACCGGUACGCUGGGGUGCCUGCGCCUCCCGGUCCUGAACACGCGCGCUCCCUGACCUGGCGACCGGCCGUCCCGCCACACUUCGAGGGCGCCGCCUCCGGCCCAGGGUCGAGGCCCCAGCCCAGAACCGGUGGGGCCGCAAAACGCAGCCGAGCGGGAGCGAGGACUCCAACUCACCCGCCGGGACUCGGAGAAACCACCCGCCGGCGCGCCCCAGCGCCUGAUAUACCGCUCCGGAAAUCGAGUGGGGAGUCCAGGGGCGGGAGGGCCUGCCGGGGCCCUGACCCCGCCCCCCGAGGCAAGCCGCGCCCCCGACGGCCCCACCCCUUCCGCCGCAGGAGCCGCCUCUUCCGCUCCCCUGGGCGGAACUCGGAACGCAGCGAGUGGCUAUGGCUCCGGGUGCGGCCCGGCGGGCCCGGCAAAGGGUCCGGAUCUUGCCGCUGGCCGGGGCGCGGAGCCGCUCGGCGGAGGACUGGUGGUGGGAUCGGCUGGCGCCGAGCGGCUCCGGUUACCACCUGCUGCAGUCGGACAGCAUGCUGCUGGUGUUGCCAGGCCCGGGGCCCGCCCGCCCCCGCGCUCAGAGGCGCGCCGCCCGCCGUGCUCAGCUGCUGCGGCUCCACCGGGCCCGCGCCGCUGAGGCCAAGGCCAAGGCCAAGGCCAAGGCCAAGGCCAGGACCACACCCGCACCCGCACCCGCACCCGCGCCCGCACCGCACCAGGAGCCCGACCCGGGCUGGGGCGACCGCAUUCCCUUGGAAAUCCUGCUGCAGAUUUUCGGGCUGCUGGUGGCGGCGGAUGGGCCUAUACCCUUCCUUGGCAGGGCUGCACGCGUGUGCCGCCGCUGGCACGAGGCCGCCUCCCAGCCAGCGCUCUGGCACACACUCACCCUGUCACCCCCGCUGACUGGCCGCUCCGCCAAGAGUGGGACCAAGACUGAGAAGAAGCUUCUUGCUUCCCUGGAGUGGCUUAUGCCCAGUCGGUUCUCACAGCUCCAGAGGCUGACUCUCAUCCACUGGAAGUCCCAGGUACACCCUGUGUUGAAGCUGGUUAGCGAGUCCUGUCCCCGGCUCACCUUCCUCAAGCUUUCCGAUUGCCACGGUGUGACCCCUGACACUCUGACCAUGCUAGCCAAAGCCUGCCCCCAGCUCCACAGCCUGGACAUACAGCACUCCGUGGUGGAGUCCACGGCUGUGGUAAGCUUCUUGGAGGAGGCGGGGCCCCGAAUGCGGAAGCUGUGGCUGACCUACGGCUCCCAGACGACAGCUGUCCUGGGUGCGCUGCUGGGCGGCUGCUGCCCUCAACUCCAGCUCCUGGAGGUGAGCACUGGCCUCAACCACAACAGCACUCCCCUCCAGCUGCCUGUCGAGGCCCUGCAGAAAGGCUGCCCCCAGCUGCAGGUGUUGCGGCUGCUGAACCUGAUGUGGCUGCCCAAGCCUGCCGGGCGAGCGACGACUCCUGGCCCAGGCUUCCCCAGCCUCGAGGAGCUCUGCCUUGCCAGCUCCACCUGCAACUUUGUGAGCAACGAGGUCCUGGACCGCCUGCUCCACGGUUCCCCUCACCUGCGCUUGCUGGAUCUCCGUGGCUGUGCUCGAAUCACACCUGCUGGCCUGCAUGAUCUUCCAUGUCAGGAGCUGGAGCAGCUUCACCUGGGCCUGUAUGGCAUGUCAGACCGGCUGACUCUAGCCAAGGAGGGCAGCCUUCUGUUAACUCAGAAGUGGUGCCACACUCUGCAGGAGCUGGACUUGAGUGGCCAGGGCUUCAGUGAGAAGGACCUGGAGCAGGCCUUAGCUUCCUUCUCAGGCACCCCUGGGGGCUCGCACCUGGCACUGUGCUCCCUCAACCUCCGGGGCACCCGGGUCACACCAAGCACAGUCAGCUCUGUGAUCAGCAACUGCCCAGGCCUGCUGUACCUCAACCUGGAGUCCUGCCGCUGCCUUCCCCGGGGCCUGAAGCGGGCCUACAGGGGCCCAGAGGAAGUCCAGUGGUGCCUGCAGCAGCUGCUCACCAGUCUCCCCCCUCCCAGCUAGGCAGCUCCAGCCAGCCAGCCCUGCCCUGACCCCUUUCCCAUUUUUGAAUGUGUGAGCAUUUUGUUACAAUAAAACAUUUUUAGGAA